AUGUCAAACAUCAUUCCAUCUGCCGUGAAACAAGCAGUCAUGGGCCAAAAGGGAGCAAAAACAGACCAGUUGGCCGCUCACACCGUUGAGCCGACCAAGAACAGCAGAAUUACAUCUGAUUUUGGUACUAAGCAGACCAACACAGAUGACUGGCUUCGGAUCAAUAGCAAGGAUCAAAUAGGUCCCUCGCUGUUAGAAGAUCCUUUCGGGCGUGAAAAAGUACGUCGUAGAGUGACGAUGCAGAGGCUUUUCAAGCGAGUUGUCCACGCCCGAGGCACCGGAGCGUUUGGAACAUUCCGCUUAUUCGAAUCUGCUGAGGACGUUACUCAUGCAAACGUUUUAACCGAUACUUCACGCGAGACGCCUGUGUUUGUUCGCUUCUCGACUGUUUUGGGAAGUCGUGGCUCUGCUGAUACCGUUCGCGAUGUGCGCGGCUUUGCCGUCAAAUUCUACACUCAAGAGGGCAACUGGGAUAUUGUAGGGAACAACAUUCCCGUCUUCUUCAUCCAGGACGCCAUCAAGUUCCCCGACCUUAUCCAUGCUGGGAAGCCCGAGCCUCACAACGAAGUUCCUCAAGCGCAGUCGGCUCACAACAAUUUCUGGGACUUUGUUCAGAUGCACUCUGAAGCCACCCAUAUGUUUAUGUGGACCAUGUCCGACCGCGCCAUACCUCGCUCAUACCGAAUGAUGCAAGGGUUUGGAGUAAACACGUUUACACUUACCAAUGCCGCUGGUGAACGCUCGUUUGUGAAAUUCCACUUCAAGCCAGAGCUUGGAGUGCACUCUCUGGUGUGGGACGAAGCGUUGAAGCUUGCUGGCCAAGACCCCGAUUUCCACCGUAAGGAUCUCAUGGAGGCCAUCGACAACGGAGUAUAUCCGAAAUGGAAGUUUGGCAUACAAGUAAUUGAUGAGUCAAACGAAGACGACUUUGACUUUGAUAUUCUCGAUGCCACAAAACUUUGGCCUGAAGACCUUGUACCAAUUCGAUACAUUGGCGAGCUCGAGCUGAACAAGAAUGUGGAUGAGUUUUUUACCCAGACAGAGCAGGUAGCAUUUUGUACCGGUCACGUCGUACCAGGAAUCGGCUUCUCGGACGAUCCUCUUUUGCAAGGCCGAAACUUUUCGUAUUUCGAUACUCAGCUGAGCCGGCUGGGCGUCAACUGGCAGGAAUUGCCCAUUAACAAGCCGGUUUGUCCAGUGAUGAACUUCAAUCGCGAUGGCGCAAUGAGACAUACCAUCUCAAAGGGCAAAGUCAACUACUGGCCCAACAGAUUUGAAGCUCAGCCGCCAGCAACCAAGGAGGAGGGCGGAUAUGUCGACUUCCCCGAAAAGGUUAUCGGCAUCAAGGAACGAGCAAAGAGCGCCAAAUUCAAGGAGCAUUUCUCUCAGGCGCAGCUUUUCUUCAACUCGCUUUCUCAAAUCGAAAAAUCUCAUCUCAUGGCUGCAUUCUCGUUUGAACUUGAUCACUGCGAUGAGCCAAUCGUGUAUGAGCGACUUGUGAAACGACUCACCGACAUUGACAUUGGCCUCGCCCAAUCUGUUGGGGAAAUGGUCGGAGGGGCUGUUCCAGAUAAUAAAGGCCAGCCAAAUCAUGGAAAGAAGGCCAAAGGUCUGAGCCAGUUGGAAUAUCUUCCAGAAACACCGAUGAUUGCAUCGAGACGAAUCGGCAUCAUCAUCGCUGACGGUUACGAUCCGAUUGCUUUCAACGCCAUGUAUGGAGCGGCUCAAGGAGCGCAGGCGAUUCCUCUAGUAAUCAGUACACACCGGUCCCGCACCUUUGCCGAUGGAGAGAGCAAAGAUGGAAAAGGCAUCAUCGCAGAUCAUCAUCUUGAAGGCCAGCGUAGCACAAUGUUUGACGCUAUCUUUGUGCCUGGCGGAAAGCAAGCGAUUGAGACGCUUUCCAAAAAUGGGCGAGCACUACAUUACAUCCGUGAGGCGUUUGGCCAUCUCAAGCCUAUCGGAGCCACUGGGGAGGGCGUCUUGUUGGUUGAAAAGGCACUCCAGCUACCCGAACAUAUUGUUACGUCAAGCAACCAUGAAGCUGUGGAGAGCUAUGGUGUAGUUACACUAAAGAGUGCAAAACCGGAAGGCUUUGGAGAGGUGAUGUCUGCGGUUAGGGGUGCCAAAGGGUUUUUGGAUAAGUUUGCCUAUGCGAUUGGCAACCAUCGCUGCUGGGAGCGUGAGCUUGAUGGUCUUAAUACUAUGGUGGCAUAUUAGUCGAACUUAUCACAAUUAUUAAGCAGAUAAGACACUCCCUGUGCUUCAUAGCUAUGCAGGUCUAUAUGAAAGGAUCGAUUAUGUUUAAAC